CCCGCGUCAUGAUCGCGGCAAAAUAAUACCCCAUCGGCGCAGCAGCCGACAACACAUGAUCCCUUUCUUAUCUAGAAAUUAUCUUUAAAAUCUUAUUAAAUAAUAAAUUAGUUAUCUAAAGGUGUUUCGAAAACAAAAUGAACAAGAUCCGCAUGUUUAUAUUAGGAAAAACCAAGUGAAAGUGGGAUAAACUACUGGUGUUUUGUUGAGUGUAUUUUGGAGUGAACUAAGUUUCGUGGAGUAAUGGCCGACGUACGGCUCGGUGACGACGAUUUAGAGACGGAGCAAGCAGUAGAAGCAUUAGGGCUGAGUGAUUUAAUAUUUCAAUCUGGAGAAUUCGCUCGUCGUGUUCAUCAUGAUUGGAUUCGAUCACAAAAUCCAUUGUCUAUUAUGACUGACAGUGAUCUUCCGAAUGUCGCUAUCGGCGUCAACACUGAUUUAAAUAUACGCAUUGGAACACACAAGUCAAAUUGUUCUUGGACAUGGAAUUUCGAGAUACGAACGAUGGGUCGUUUAUUAAGAAAUUUAGCCCUAUCUCUUGAUUCUCAUCGAGAUAACUUUUCAAUUAAAUCUGUUCAUCGAGAUGGUAAAGUAAUAGGUUAUUGUGAUGGCCAAGAAUGGCAUGAUCCUGUAUCAACAGAAUUUAGAGGAGAUAUAAUGAGUGAUACAGUUGUUGCCUACCGAGUAACAAUCGUUUUCGAAACAACAGAAUAUGGAACCUACCUCCAAAAUGUACUUUUUGGUUUUGAUGGCUAUCCAGUUGUCAGAAGAAAAAUAUGCGCUGACUUGGUUCCACAUAAUGAUUUAUCACGACUCGAUGAAGCAACUAAAUAUUUUCUCAACCAAACAGCUCAUGUUUGGUCUGCAAAACAGAAUAGUAAAUACCAUCCGUUUGAGUCACCAUUUAUACAAGGCAAAGAUCCUUGGGAGAAAAAUUUAACACAAGCUUAUCCUUAUCCUGGAGAAUUGUUUAUUCUAUCUCAUGCAACGUUGACAGAGGAUCAUUUAACAUGUAAAAAUUAUCGUGGGCGAAUGCAUGAAUUAAUUGCUGUAGAAGAACUGGCGAGGCAUGAACAAGUUGCGAGAUACAAUUCUAUUGUUCAGUUUAACCUGCUGUCUUGUUAUGUUUUGACUUCUCCUACUGAUGGUUCAACCACUGCUAAAUACGCUCCUCUAGGAGAGCUCUUUGCACAGUUCUCUCUAGGUCGAGGCAUCUCCGAGGACAUGAAAAGUGGCCGUUUGUUACUUCGAGGCUGUACCAACAUCCUAAUAAAAUUAGUAAACACCGAUUCACCAUCAUCACCAGCAAUGUCAGAAAUUUACGAAGCACACGUGGAGGAUAAAUGUAACUAUAUGAUUUAUGCAAGACUCUCAAAAUCAUGUGUUGAGCGGUUGCAUCUAAAAGCUGAUACUGUUGUCAAGAUGCACGUCCAAUUUGUUCUAAACAGAAUGCCUUUCUGUGAAUGGCAUCGAGCUGUUGAUUGUCUACCAGAUGAGCGACUAGUAUUUCCUGAACCCAAUUUUCAAUUAAACAUGCGUUUACCAUCUGUCCUCGAGGCUAAUGAGGAUUGGUCUGAUCUUUUGGAUCAUCGGCUAAAUGAUCGACAGAGAGAAGCGCUUACAUUAAUGGUGGCACCUAAUCACAUUUAUCUUCCUCCAAUUCUUCUUUUGGGACCUUACGGAACUGGAAAGACUUUUACGAUAGCUCAAGCACUUCUCAUAAUAUUGUACCAGAAUCCAUCGAAUAAAGUUUUGCUCUGUACUCAAAGUAACAGUGCAGCUGAUCUUUAUGUGAAAGAGUUUUUCGAUCAAUGGUAUAGAACUACCCAAAAAGAAAGACUCAAGCCUAUGAGGAUUUACUACAAAAGACGUUUGCUAAAUACGGUUCAUCCAACAGUAAGGAAAUAUUGUCUAACAGAUCCCAAUGGAUCAUUUUGUGAUCCCACAAAGGAAGAUAUAGAAAAAUGUGGAUUAAUUGUAACAACUCUUGCUACUUCUAGUUGUCUGACAGCUUUGGAAUAUGAGCCAACGCACAUUGUGAUCGAUGAAGCAGCACAGGCAUUAGAAUGCGAAGCAAUUACUCCUCUAGCUUUGGCCGGUUCUCGAACGCGACUGAUACUCUCCGGAGAUCAAAUGCAACUAGCCCCGGAGGUUUACAGUGAUCUAUCAAAGGAACGAGGAUUAGGAAUGAGCCUGCUCGAAAGACUGCACAAUCUCUAUCCGCCCAGACAUCCUUGUCGUAUAAACCUCUGUCAGAAUUAUCGUUCUCAUGCAGAAAUAGUACAACUAACAUCAAAUCUCUUCUACGGAAAUGAAAUACAAUCGAGUGGACCACUACUUCCAGAAGUAUCACACUUUAAACCUCUUAUAUUUUACGCCGUUGCUGGAACUGAAGUUCAGGGUGAGUGUUCUACGGGUUUUUAUAAUGACGAAGAAGCGGUGGAAUUGGCUAAACAAAUAGCGUACCUGAAAUCCCGAUGGCCAGUUGAUGAAUGGGGGCCUUUUUCCGAAGAUUCAAUUGGAGUUCUAGCUCACUAUGCUGAACAGGUUGCAAAAAUCCGUAAUGAACUACGUAAACGCAAACUAUUCUCUGUCUCUGUUGAACGAGUAUUAAACGUUCAAGGUAAACAAUUUACUGCGGUAUUUAUCAGCACUGUUCGAACGAGAAAUUGCUGUCGAUACUCAGCUGAGAAUAGUUUGAGUGACUACGGUUUUCUCACUAACCCAAGACUGCUGAACACAGCAAUAACACGAGCCAAAGCAUUGGUUGCUGUUGUUGGUGAUCCUAUAGCUCUCUUGACUACUGGACCUUGUCGGUCUCUCUGGGGAAAAUAUUUCCAGAAGGCUAAAGUAUCGGGAAUACCGUAUAUACAACUCAAAGAGCACAUGAUGUACAGUUUAGCACCACCAGUUCCUCUAGGAGUACCACUUAAUCCUCUUGCACGAGAAUUCGUCCCACGAAACGUUUAAAUUUAAUUGAAUUACGUUUUUUUUUGGAAUUUACAUUUAGCCAUAUAUAUAUGAAUAUAUUUCUUUUCAACAAUGAGUUAAUAAAUUACCAAAUUCUAUGUACUGUAAAAUUUAAGAUUAAAUAAUUAAGAUUUAAUUGAAUACAUGAAUACAACAGACUCUAAAAGCAUGAUUAUAAUUUUUAUAAGUGAAAUAAUAGAGAGAAAAUGAGAAAUAUACAAAAAAAUAUUAUGUAAAUGUCAUCCUAAUGUACAAUAAAUACUAUAAAAAAUA